CUAAAGGCAGUGAAGAGCCUGCAUUCCUUUUUAAGAUAUCCAAGACAUCAUGGACACAAAGACCUUGUGCUCAUUCUUCCCAUGGUUCAGGAUUUCAGCCACACACCUCAUAGGUACCAUUAAUGUCAUUCCACCCUCCCUUUGCAAUCCAAGUGCGGAUGAGGCACUCAAAGGCUUAGUGCCCCAGGAAUCCUCUAGAAAAUGGCCAUCCCCUGCCUUACUCAAUGGGGGACUCACCAGCUGCACUGAAAUGUCAGAAGGGUUUGCACAGCUGACAGGUUGCUGAAAAUGGAGCAUCGCCAUAAAUUCCCUUCAUCCAGCCAAGUGCAGCUUAAUAUAGACUUAGCUGCACGGUCUGUCUCCCACACAGAGACUGAGAGCUGCCACCGCUCAUGACCAAAGCAUGAAGUUGUUGAUUUAACCAAAUGAACUACUGCUAGUGAGGGGGGAAAAGAAAAUAUUCCUUUAAAAUCAAUCUUUCUCUUCAGGUUUGAGAAGUAAUAGAGGAAGGAGAGAAGAAUAACAUGUCUGCACUCAGGCAAAACUCUGAUGAUGAACAAGUGUGUACUGAGGACAUUGAUGAAGAUGAAAUCCUGGCAAACCUGUCCCCUGAGGAGCUAAAGGAGCUGCAGUGUGAGAUGGAAGUUAUGGCCCCAGACCCCGAAGUCCCAACUGGGAUGAUACAGAGGGAUCAGACGGAGAAACCGCCAACGGGAAGCUUUGACCACAGGUCCCUGGUUGACUACCUGUACUGGCAGAAGGCAUCCAGACGCAUGCUUGAGGAUGAGAGAGUUCCUGUCACCCUCUUGCCCUCUGAGAGAAGCGCUGCAGAAGAGGUGGAAGGAGAGGAUGGAGGCAGCAGCAGGAGGGUGCCAGGAGCAGAGGGACAAGAGAGACAUUACAAAAAUGAGCACUUGUCCAACUCGGGAACACAAUCUUGGGAGACAAAGAGGGAUGGGAGUGAUGUGGAGAGAGAGAAGGAGGAAGAGGAUGAAGAAGAGGAGGAAGAUGAUGAUGAAGAGGAGGAGGAGGAAGAGGAUGAAGAGGAAGAUGAGACCGAAUUGGAAACAAAGGAAACUCACACCAGUGAGAACAGUCACAGUAACCAGAUAAGUAAGAAACCAGGCACAGAAUCAGGAGAAGGCACAGAAAAGCCAAGUGAAAAGAAGAUAUCAAAAUCAAACAUCCCCCAAAAGUUAGCUCUGGAUACCAGCUUCAUGAAGAUAAGUGCCAGGCCUUCAGGAAACCAAACCAAUUUAGAAGAUAGUCUGGAGAAAGUCCGAAAAAACAACCCAGACAUGAAGGAGCUCAACCUGAACAACAUAGAAAACAUCCCCAAAGAAAUGCUGAUAGACUUUGUCAAUGCCAUGAAAAAGAAUAAGAACAUAAAAACAUUCAGCUUGGCCAACGUGGGGGCUGACGACAACGUGGCUUUCGCACUGGCCAACAUGCUGCGGGAGAACAGGAGCAUCACCACGCUGAACAUUGAUUCCAACUUCAUCUCUGGCAAAGGGAUCGUUGCCAUCAUGAGGUGCCUGCAGUACAACGAGACGCUGACGGAGCUCCGCUUUCACAACCAGAGGAGCAUGCUGGGCCACCAGGCAGAAAUGGAGAUCGCCAGGCUGCUGAAAGCCAAUGCCACCCUCCUCAAAAUGGGGUAUCACUUCGAGCUGCCGGGGCCCAGGAUGGUGGUGACCAACCUGCUCAGCAGAAACCUGGACAAGCAGAGGCAAAAGAGGCAAGAAGAGCAAAGGCAGCAGCAAAUGAAAGAGCAGAGAGAGUUGAUAGCGAUGCUGGAAAAUGGACUUGGGUUGCCUCCAGGAAUGUGGGAGAUGCUGGGGGGACCACUGCCGCAGCUGAGGAUGCAAGAACCCCCGCAAGCCCCGAAACCAUCCGACCCCAUGGCUAUGUCUCUGAACAAAAGGCAGGAGAGCACGAGGCAGCCAGCCCCCGAGCAGCCACGCAGGGAGAAGCCUGUUGAAUUCAGAGUGGUCAAGCUGAAGAAGAUUCAGCGCAAGCCUGCUGUGCCGGACUAUGUGGAACCCACCGAGAAAACCAACCUCAAAGACGUCAUCAAAACGCUUAAACCAGUCCCCAGGAGAAGGCCACCUCCCCUGGUGGAAAUAACCCCAAGAGAUCAGCUGCUAAACGACAUUCGUCAGAGCAACGUCGCUUAUCUUAAACCGGUGCCUCUGCCAAAGCAGCUGGAGUGAGAGACCAGAUUGCCCUGAAGAAAACAAACUGGAAUAAAGACUAUUCAAGUUUUGCUUACAACUGUUUCAGCAGAUGUUUUCUGCAGAACCCAGGUGGUAUAUAUGACUCUUUGGGAACAAAGCUUGUGAUACAUAACUUUCUAAGUGUGGUGAAAAUGGCUGGCAUGGGAAAAGUCAGUGCUAAGCAUUUCCAUCAGGUAUCAAACAAUCCCAGUGCCAUCUGUCUGUCAA